AGCAGUGCAUCUAAUUUUUCGUUGGUUGUUCCAGUAAGCAGUCAAUUGAAAUUGAAGAAUGAUGCGUUGUCGGACAUGGAAAAGGCUCGGAGAGGUGAAGAUGUUCUUCCCAGAAGGCGCAAAUAUGACCCAUUUCAGUCAAGCGUUCCGAGCUUUUUGAUUUGUUGUGAACCAACCAAAACAAAUGUACAUGUGUCAUCACAUCACUUUGUCUGGAUGGCUAGAAGGUACAAACUGUACGGCGAUGAUGCACCAGCUUUAUGCUUUUACAAUAGUCAGAUAGCUGAAGAUUUGAGAAGAUAUGACAUUGCGCACACAUGGCGUGUAGUUGGCCUUAUUUGUGCUUUUACGUCAUUUUUCGAGAAAUCGACCAGUCACGAUGCAUCGCCUCCUGCCCCUGGUCCUGCAGCAGACAGGAAGAAUGAUGCGAUUGCUGGCGAUGUAACAUCGCGUUCACGCUUUCCGUCCAGUUUAUCGUCUGGUGGAGUGGUGAGGAACAUGAAUGGGCAGGAUGUCACCAUGUCUGUAUUUUCCAGCGUACCCCCGCAGAUGGCGUCCACCUCAUCAGAUUUCUUCUUUGGUGACGGUGAACUCAACGAGGACGGUCUCUGUACAUAUUCUUACGAUUUGGCACUCCCAUAG